AUGGUUCUGUCCAUGUGCUGUCAGUUUCUCCCAACAUAUGCCUGGACAGUGAAUAAUUUCCUCAUGACUGGACCUAAGGCUUUUCUGACAUACGCAAGUAGUGUGCAAGUGGGCGCCCAGAGCGGAAUUCAAGAGUGUAAGCAUCAAUUCGCUUGGGAGAAGUGGAACUGCCCAGAGAGCACGCUCCAGUUAUCCAAUGGCCUCCGAAGUGCCACAAGGGAGACGUCUUUCGUCCACGCCAUAAGCGCUGCCGGAGUGAUGUAUACUCUCACCAAGAACUGCAGUAUGGGAGACUUUGACAACUGCGGCUGCGAUGAUUCCAGAAUUGGGCAGACAGGGGGAAGAGGAUGGAUCUGGGGAGGCUGCAGUGAUAAUGUGGCUUUCGGCGAGAAGAUCUCCAAACAGUUUGUGGACGCGCUUGAAGACGGGCACGACUCUCGCGCAGCAGUCAACCUGCAUAACAACGAAGCAGGCAGACUGGCAAUCAAAGCUACUAUGAGGAGAGCCUGCAAGUGUCACGGCGUGUCUGGAAGCUGCAGCAUCCAGACCUGUUGGAUGCAGCUGGCCGACUUCAGAGAAGUGGGCAACUACCUCAAGGUGAAGCACGAGAAUGCCAAGAAACUGGAGAUGGACAAGAAACCGGCGAGGGCAGGAAACAGCGCAGACAACCGAGGAGCCAUCGCGCACACUUUUCGGAGCAUCGCCAGAACGGAGCUGAUUUACCUUGAGGAUUCUCCCAAUUACUGCGUCAAAAACCAGAGCCUGGGCCUGCAGAGCACGGAAGGACGGGAGUGCCUGAAGGGCAACAAGAACAUGUCCCAGUGGGAGAGAAAGAGCUGCCGCAGGCUGUGCUAUGAGUGCGGCCUCAGAGUGGUGGAGAAGCGCAUCGAGGUCGUCAGCAGCUGCAACUGCAAGUUUCACUGGUGCUGCACAGUCAAGUGUGAAAAAUGCACACAGGUUGUCACUAAAUAUUACUGCGCACGUAAAGAAGGUGGAAGACACCCACAAAAUAAAACGAAGCGCAGGCACCACGGGCGUCGACACUGA